GCGCUUUCUGCCACACCACCUUCCUGUUCCUGCAGCGGUUCAAUCAUCUUUUGCGACCGAGAACAGCGAACCGAUUGUCGCAUUUCAUCAACAUCCAUCGACUAUCAACCACCACAUCGAGUAUUCAUCAUGGCGGCACACGGUGCCAAUGGCGAGGCCUCUGUCGGCUCCAGUGAGCCCCGACAAAAGGGAAAGGCUACCCCGGAAACAAUCAGAGCAGGAUGUAUCGCCAUGGUCAAGAAAGAAGGCAUCCCACGUCGAGCCGAGAUUCUUAGCAUCAAAGAAACGAAGAGCGGUCGCCAAUUCUACUGCAACUUUGACAAUUUCAACAAGCGUCUCGACGAAUGGGUGCCGACGAUCCGAAUUGAUUUCGACCAAGAUGUCGAGUGGCCAUUACCCGACAAGGACAAACCGAAAGAUCCUAAGACGAAGAAAGGUGUGGUCACGUCAAAAAACAAGGUCUCCAAGAAGUCUCAGAAGCGACCUUCGAAGAGGGAGCAGUCUGCGCCUUCAGAGGCUGCAACGCCGCACCCAUGGACCGAGUUCGUCGAGUCGCAGAGCCGUAAGAUGACGCCGACGGCCGAGGAGAGCCAGAGUCAGACUCCGGUCACGGCUACGGGCGAUGCAACGGCCACCCCCGCGGCCGGAGGCGAUGAAAUGGAAAUCGACCUGGAGGAGGAGGUCCAGAAGAAAGAUUUACUCAGUGGCUUCAGCCGAGAAGACGAGAUCGAGAAGCUGAGGACACACGGCUCUAUGACGCAGAACCCGGCCGAGAUCUCCCGAAUUCGAAAUAUCUCAAAGGUCCAGUUUGGAAAGCACGACUUGUUCCCUUGGUACUUUUCCCCGUACCCCGAGGUAUUCAACCAGGAAGAUGUUAUUUUCAUCUGCGAGUUUUGCCUCGGGUACUAUGGCGAUGAAAAGUCCUUUGUUAGGCACAGACACAAGUGUACUUUGCAACACCCUCCUGGAAACGAAAUCUAUCGCGACGAGUCUGUCUCUUUCUUCGAGAUCGACGGUAGACGGCAACGCACCUACUGCCGUAACUUGUGUCUCUUGUCCAAGAUGUUCCUUGACCACAAGACACUAUACUACGAUGUCGAUCCCUUCUUGUUCUACGUCAUGACAAGUCGAAGCGACAAGGGCUGCCACAUUAUCGGAUACUUUUCCAAAGAAAAGGAGAGUGCGGACGGAUAUAACGUAGCUUGUAUUUUGACUCUGCCUCAGUAUCAGCGCAAAGGUUACGGUCGAUUGCUCAUUCAGUUCUCGUACGAACUAUCAAGGAUCGAAGGCAAGCUCGGUUCGCCAGAAAAGCCGCUUUCUGAUUUGGGUCUACUUAGUUAUCGGCAGUACUGGGGUGAAAACAUUUUGGACCUCAUUGUUGGUUACAAUGAGCGCGAUGAGAAGACUACGAUUGAAGCCAUCUCGACGGCUCUUGCCAUAAUUCCGCAAGACGUAGAGCACACCUUACAGGCGCUUAAGAUGCAGGUGUAUCAUAAGGGAGAGCACAAGAUCGUGAUUCCUGAGAAGCUGAUCCAGCAGAGGGAGAAGCAGAAGGUGAAGCAGAAGAGGUUGAUUGAUCCGAGCAAGAUCCAGUGGAAGCCACCAGUGUUUACGGCUUCUACGAGAACAUGGGGUUGGUAAAAAGGGGGUUUCCCUUAGACUGGUGUCAAUGACGAGGCGUUUGAAAAGACAUUGAUUUUGGAGCAUAUGAUACCCCUACAUUUUACCACUACCUAGGAAAGAAACAAGUUUCAUUCAGACGAAUAAGUCUUCAUACCCAAGGAUAUUUGUUAAACACUGCCGGUUCCUUGAUGUGCCGCUAUGAUUGCGAAAUGCUGCGUGGGGCCAGCGCAUUUCCUAUCUUUGGGGCCUCCGCAUUCGGAGGCGACAACCUUGAACUUCACUCUGACAUACAACUAUAAGUAAUCAAUACUUUGCAGUCGAUCGAGGUCGUCGUUGAAUUCCAUUAGUGAACCAAAAGCUCGAGCGGAGGUGAUGAAGCAUCGCGUGACAACUGUAUUCAAACACUUCACUCAAUCACCUCGCCACCACCACCACCACCACCAC